AUGGGAGCGAUCCCAUUCCACCAUUCCAUACUCGAGGUCCGACUGCCAAAACACUUUGACAAGCCAACAGACAUGAGGUACGAUGGAACGCAAGACCCGCUGGAACACCUAACGGCCUUUGAGGGCUCGGUGACCCGAUUCUCCGACAUCAGCCAUGCCUUCCUGGCUCAGUUCACGACCAGGAUUGCCAAAGCCAAGCACCCGAUCAAUUUGCUGGGAGUUACCCAGAGAGCCGGGGAGCCGACCAGGAAAUACUUAGAUCGCUUCAACGACGAAUGCUUGGAAAUCGACGGGUUGACGGACUCGGUGGCGAGCUUGUGCUUGACGAAUUGGCUCCUGAAUGAGGACUUCAGAAAACAUCUUACCACAAAGCCAGUAUGGACAAUGCAGGAGAUCCAAUGCGUGGCUAAGGAGUAUAUUAACGACGAAGAAGUCAUCCGGGUCGUGGCUGCCAAUAAACGGCAACCUCCCUACAACCAAACCCGACACUACGAGGGUGGAGAAAGACAAAAGGAACACGCCAGGAACGGCGGUCCGAAUAAGGCGCCAAAGCCAUUUUCCCGAGUCGGAAAAUUCACCAACUACACCCCCCUCACGGCACCGAUCACGGAAGUUUACCAACAGAUAGCCGAGAAGGGGAUACUAUCGAGACCCCGACCUCUGAAGGACAGGACGGGGAAAAAAAAAAGCCUUUACUGCGAAUAUCACAAGGGAUACGGGCACAAGACCCAAGACUACUUCGACCUAAAGGAUGCCCUGGAGCAAGCAAUCAGGGACGGAAAGCUUGCCGAUUUCUCCCACCUUAUAAAGGAGCCGAGGAGACGGAAUCGGGAUCACGAGGGCGAGGACAGGUCCCGGGCGACAAGACGACGCCAAGAACCAGAGGGGGACGACCACGGUCUCACGGUGGUGAACGUGGUAACAGUGAGGAAUUCCGCCCCGAGGUCGAGAUCGGCACAGAAGAAAGACGCCAAAGUCCUGGCGGUCUCCUCCUCGUCCGCUAGAAGUUCCCGGGGACUACCCUCCAUCUCCUUCGGCCCCGAGGACCAAUGGUUCAACGAGGUACUGGAAAGUCCCCCCAUGGUCACCACGGCCAGAGUCGGAACCGGCCUCGUCAAACGGAUCCUUGUGGAUACAGGGGCAGACUCGAACAUCAUGUUUCACAACGUUUUUGAUGCCUCGGGACUGCGUGAUACCGAUCUAGCGACCCACCAGCACGGUGUGGUAGGGUUGGGGGACCACUUCAUUAAGCCGGAUGGGAUUAUCUCCCUCCCGACCUCCGUGGGACAAGGACAGAGGCGAAAGACAGUAAUGGCCGAUUUUGUAGUCUUGCGAGAUUCCAUAGCUUACAACAUCAUCCUGGGGAGAAAAACCAUCAACAACCUUGGGGCAGCGAUUAGUACGAAGAUGCUCGUAAUGAAGUUUGUUACUGAUAACGGAUCCGUAGGAUCCAUCAGAGGAGACUUGGAAACGGCAGUCGCUUGCGACCACACCAGCCUCUCUCUCAGAAAAAAGUCCAAAGAAGCAUCGGGGGUUUUCCUUGCCGACCUGGAUGCCAGAAUAGAUGACAAGCCCAAACCCGAGCCAGAAGGGGACUUGGAAAAAUUUAGGGUCGGUGAUGGGGAGGAGAAGUUCACGGUUGGCUUCUACUCCUCUUUGGGUGAUCAUGAAUCCCAAAAACUUCCCAGCCUCUAUGGCAAAGGCGCAUUUGAGUGGGUUAAGCCUCAUGCCGUGUUGCCGGAGGGACACGAACACGCCCCCUAG